AACCCUGUUGAACCUGUUACUGUCCAUACAUGUGUAACACACACUCCUUCACCCAACACUGUGUUUACGUUGCUCUGACUUCUACUUAUUAGGUGUGUUAGGUGUGUUGAAGUGUAGCUACACUUUACCUAUUGAAGUAUCUCUCUCUGUUAUUCAUCUUUGGAUCAUAAGCAGUUUCCUUGUGGCGGGACAACUUGGACUUUGCCCUGGUAUUUCCUGUUCAUACUCGCAUGCUGGACUAACUUCUUGCCAGCAUCAUUGCAAGUAAAAACAAGACGACUACAUCUUUCUGAACUCAUUUUACAUCUCUCAUUCACUCAUGAGAUGCUAUUAUCAUUCUGGCCUGACAGUGUGUCCAACGCUCCGGGUGGAUUUUCUUAGAUUUCUCUGAUUUGAAAGCUUCACCUGCAAAGGCAGUGAUUGUUUGCAUUUGUGUGAGCGUUAGCAGCUCCUGUGGCUGCGUAUUUGGGCAAAAUGAUGGAGGAGGUGUCCAUGACGAUGGUGUACGAUGCCCACGUUAUGGACCAGAUGAGCGAAGAGGAGAUCCUGGCCUGUCUGGUUGAAGAAACAGGACCUAAAUUCACAGUCCCAACAAAGAAAGCUAAAUGGAGGGAAAGCAGGCUUCAAAUAAUGGAUGAUGAAGAAGACCCCUUGGACAAAUACCUGAGGGAGAACCGUGAGCUUCAGCAGGCCAGCCUCCGUCUGGAGCAGGAGAACGACAACCUUGCCCACAGACUGAUCAGCAGCAAGGUCGCCCUGAGGAAUGCUCUGGAUAAGGCAGAGGACAGAGUGGAUGAACUCACCAAAGACCUUCUACAGACCAGAUAUCGACUGCAGGCUACAGAAGAGGAGAAUAGAGGAAAAGAGGAGGAAACUGUAAUGCUGAAGGAAGUACUUCGGAGAGAGCUGGAGAAGGCUGAGCAGGAAGUCAGGAGGUCGUCGGGUAUCAUUACAGACUACAAACAGAUCUGCUCUCAGCUGACAAACCGUCUGGAGAGGCAGCAGGCCGCCCACAGAGAAGAGUUAGAUUCACUCAAGAGUGCAGUGAAGGCUUGCUCACGCUGUCGACACGUCGUAGAAUCAGACAAACCAUCCGCCACAGCUCAGGACUCAACAAUGAUAGAGGCCCACGGGAUGACUGAACCAGGCCAGGAUGAGGACAACGAAGGUCCCAUAAAGGCAGAGCAGAGGAGAGAUGACCAGGAGAAGGAGUCUCUCAAGGCCCAGGUCAGGGAGGUGGAACAGGAGUUGGCCCAGACCAAACUCCAGAUGGUGGAGGCCAAGUGCAAGAUCCAGGAGCUGGAGCACCAGAGAGGAAUCCUGGCCAACAAUCUCCAGGACGCAAAGAACAGCUGGAUCAGCAAGGCCUUCACCUCCCUGUGGACCUCCAGUGGAGGGGGACUUCACAGUAUUAGCAUAUGCAGAGAUGGAGCUCCCACGGUGGGUUGGAACCUUCAUGGUGGCUCCGUCUCUGGAUGUAGCGCCAAGAAGCUGUAGUGGCCUCAUAGAGACAAUCAAGAGAAUGUCUGAUAGCUUGGACCGUGAAUGUGCAGAUCACAUAAAACUGGACACAACAGAAGCAUCAGACCCGGAUCAGAGUAUUUAUUCACACUGUUUUGUACACUAUGUCUCCAAUUCUGUAGCUGCUAUCUCUUGUUUUGUGCACUAGAGGACAGUCUAGAGCACAGAAUGAGCAGAGGAGAGUACCUGAGAGCAUAUAUAGGUGCUGUCAGAUAUAUAUUAUCUUGUCAGUUCACCACUUUCCAACAACUGUAUACACUGAUGAAGCUCAUUUUAUAUUUGUCCAUGUGCCACAUGAGUUUUUUUUAUAUAUAAUUAUUAAUUAUUAAAUACAAUAUUAAAACAAGA